ACUAACAUUUCUCUGAUGUGGCAUCAAUAUCUGAGACCAAUGCUGAGGGAGAGAUAUCCAGGCUCCUCUGGAAAUGCUGCAGUGCGUCAGCACAUCAAAAGUUGUUUAGGUGAACUCCAAGCUGGCUGGAUUACCGAAGAGGACACUUUCCAGGAAUCAAUACCUUAUGGAACAAUUACAUUUUCAAAUAUUAUCAGUACUCUGAAUAUCACAGCCAAGCGAAGGCUGGUGCUGGCUUGUCACCAUGAUUCAAAAUACUUCAACAAGUGGUGGUAUAACAGAGUCUACACAGGUGCCACAGAUUCUGCUGUGCCCUGUUCUAUGUUGCUUGAACUGGCUCGUGCACUGGACAAUUUUCUACUUGAGAUGAAGAAUACUCAGAGAAGUCCAGAUCUUACCCUGCAGCUCAUUUUUUUUGAUGGCCAAGAAGCACUGGAAUAUUGGCCUGAGGAUGUCUCACUUUAUGGUUCCCGACAUUUGGCACAUAAGAUGGAGAGGACUGCACACCCACCUGGUUCAACAAAAACCAACCAACUGCAUGCAAUUGACCUAUUUGUCUUGUUGGAUUUAAUUGGUGCACCAAAGCCAAGAUUUCCAAUUUAUUUUCCAAAUACAGCGCGAUGGCAUAAACGAUUGCAACUAAUAGAAGAGCAGCUGCAUCAACUGGGGAUACUGAAUGAACAUCCCAAAGAGGUGAAAUAUUUCUGGAUGAAAAUGCCAUUGGUGCAUAUUAAUGAUGACCAUAUUCCAUUUUCACAACGAGGUGUUCCCAUUCUGCAAAUCACACCGACACCUUUCCCUCAAGUGUGGCACAGCACAGAGGAUAAUGAAGUCAAUCUAGAUUCAACAACAAUUGAUAACCUUAACAAAAUACUGCAGCUAUUUGUUUUUGAGUAUCUCAGACUGUAA